CCGCGCAUCUAGCACUACUGACUACCAUAUAUAGACAACAAACCAACACUUCCAACCAUCUUCAUAUAUUAAUACAACACUCCACAUAAUUUUGUUUAAAAAGAAAAAAAAAGUAUUUCAAAAAUUCAAACACCUUUAACCCCCUCCAAAAGCAACUUUUACAGUAUCAUAUACUCCCUCCUCUACAAUUUCAAGAACGACCCUGACAAAAAAAAUAAAAAAAAAUGAGAGCGAGCAACCAUCUAACUGGAGUAGUAAACUUCUUAACAUUCCUGCUCUCAAUCCCAAUCUUAGCAGGCGGAAUAUGGCUAAACAGCAAAGCCAACUCAACCGACUGUAUGCAAUUCCUUCAAUGGCCGUUGAUCGUAAUCGGUGUCUCUUUAAUGGUCGUUUCUUUAGCUGGUUUUGCUGGUUCUUGCUAUAGAAACACCUUCCUCAUGUACCUUUACAUGUGGGCCAUGUUUUUCAUCAUCGCCGCUUUAAUCGGAUUUGUCGUCUUCGCUUAUGCCGUUACAGAUAAAGGCUCGGGUCGACCCGUCUUAAACCGAGCUUAUUUGGAGUAUAAUUUGGAGGAUUAUUCGGGUUGGCUUGAGAAGAAGGUUUCGGAUCCGGGUUAUUGGGCGAAGCUAAGUUCAUGUAUUAGGGAUUCUAGGGUUUGUGGUAAGAUGCGUCGGACUGUUCAUGGUGUUCCUGAAACUUCUGAUAGGUUCUUCUCUAGGAAGCUCAAUCCUAUUGAGUCGGGAUGUUGCAAGCCGCCAACAGAUUGUGGUUUUGGGUAUGUGAAUGAAACCUUAUGGGGACCAGGAGGUGGGUUAGUAGGAAACAGCCCAGACUGUCAAAGAUGGAGCAACGAUCAACGGCAGUUAUGCUACGACUGCGACUCCUGCAAGGCUGGUGUGCUCGCAAGCCUGAAGCGCAGCUGGAGGAAGGUGUCUGUGAUCAAUAUCAUCGUUCUAAUACUCCUCGUUAUCUUCUAUGUUAUUGCUUAUGCAGCUCUUCGAAACAACAAGAGAAUGGACAAUGACGAGUCGUAUGGCGAAACUAGGAUGACCAAGUCACACCCUACUGCAAUGCAUUUUUAAUUUAAAUCCAUUGAUCAUAUCGAUCUGUUAUUCACAGAAAAUGUGGUGUGGUGUAUGUACGUUCUCCAUGGCUUCAUAUUUGGCGAAUGUCAUUUUGUUUAUUUCUCAAGGCUUUUUGUAUGGAGGGAUUGGUUUGGCGUAUAAAAUGUACAAGCUAGGGAUGUGCUUUAUUAUGAUAAUAUGUAACAAAUUCUGGAUCUUCAAACUCUGUAUCAACUUUGUAUCCAAUAUCAAAUAGCUUCAAUUUGUAGAA